GCCGUCGUUGUCAUCCGAUGUGGGGUGUGCGUUGAGCUGCUGGGCGCUGGCGGCGCUGGCGGAGGCUGGCGGGGUCAGGAAGGCAACAGCGAAGGCGGCGGCGGGGAGGCAAGCUGGCGGCGGCGGCGGGCAGGGUCGUCAGGAGGCGGCAGGCGGGCGGUUGCCGGUGGAGGCCCUGGCGCGCGACUGCUUGCAGGUGACUGCCGCCGCCCUGCUGUACGGCACCCUCCAACUCGCCGCUGCCGUACACCGCGACAACAGCAACCCCACCUCCUCCUCCGCCUCCGCCACCGCCGCCGCCGGCGCCGCCGCCGCCGCCGCCGCGCCCCUGGCGGCUGCCGUACUGACAGCCGCCUCGCCGCUGAGCUGCCAGGCCGCCGUCGCCAUCCCCGCCGCUGUAGGCCGUGUGCUGUGUCCCUGGCAUGUGGCCGCCCUGCAGCAGCAGCUCCACAUCACCCGACUGAUGCUGCUGGCGGGAUGCCUGCUGCCGCCGUCGUAUUAUGUCACCACCACCACCCACGGCGACGGAGGCGACAACGGCUGCCAGGCCGCCGCCACCGCUGCUACCACCGCUACCGCGGCGGCGAAGGCGAAGGCUUCGGAGCUGCCGCAAGGUGCGGAGAAAGGCUCCCCGUCAAGCAAGCAACCGGAGGAGGAGGAGGAGGAGGAGGAGGAGGAAAAGCAGCAGCAGCAGCGGCAGCGGCUGCAGUCACGGCUGCUUGAGGGGUGCCUCUCCGUGCUCUCCACCGCCCCUCCUGGAGCCGAGGGCCUCUGUCUUCAGGCGCUCCGACUCGCCCUCCGAGGGGAGCUGCUCCGCGCGCCCCUGCAUGCAGCACAUGCCGCAGCGGCGGAGCUGCCUCGCCGCAACCCCCGACUAGCGCUGGCAGCCGCCGGAAUGCCGUACAACAGCGCUGCUUCGGCCGACGCGCCGUUUCCUCUUCCGUCGACGCCUCCGGACGCCGAGGCGGUGGCGGAGGUACUAUUUGAGUCGUACGCGGCCUCCUGGCUCUCCCUCAUCUCGCAGCGCCGCCUGGCUGCGGGAACCAAGGAUGCCAGCAGCAGCAACACCGACACUGCUGCUGCUGCAGCAACAGCGCCGUACACUGCUGGUUCUGAUGCCCCCGCUGCUCAGCCUCCUCAGCCUCCUCAGCCUCCUCAGCCGCAGCUGCUGCUGCCCCGGCCGGACCCGCUGGAGCUGGUGGCGGUGUCGCUGCAGGGUCAGCGCGGCUCCCGCCUGCCGGCACCCUCGCAGUGGCAGCUGAUGGAGGCGCACUUGCUGCCCGCCUCCGCAUCAGCCUCCUCCACCUCGUCCGUACGACAACAGCAGCAGCAGGGAGUGGCUGGCACGCAGCAGCAGCAGCAGCAGCAGGUGCAGCAGGCGCAACCCUACCACCCGGUGGGGUGUGCGCUGAUGCUGUGUCUGGGGCUGGAGACCAGCAGCGGCGGCAGCAGAGCAGGAAGAGGAGCAGGAGGAGCAGGAGGAGGAGCAGGGGGAGCAGGAGGAGCAGGUGGUGGUGGCGGUGUGCUGCGGUGGCUGACUGCCGGCCCCAAGCUGCAGGCGGCGCUGCAGGCGGCCUACCUGUUCAGGGCGGGGGAGAUGCUGCCGCAGCCCCCCGACGAGUCCUCCGAGGGCAGCUGGCGGGAGCCGCUGGUGCGGUGGGGCCUGGCGGGGCUGUGCCACCGCUACCUGUGCAGCGAGGACGGAGC